AUGUCGGAAGAUGACAAUACAGAAAUCACCAAUACAAAUGAUCAAAGAAAAUUUCUGUUUUGGACAAUUCCAUGGUAUUUAUUAUUGCUAUGUUUAAUUGUUUUAUGUCAAUCAAUGAUAACAUCUGGCUAUAUCGGUUCGAUAGUAUCAUCAAUUGAAACUUAUUAUGGAUUUUCAAGUGAACGUUUAGGAAUAGUAUUUAGUAGUUAUGAUAGAACUGGUGUUUUAUCAAUUCCAUUAAUAUCAUAUUUUGCUUCAAAAUAUAAUCGUGCAAAAAUUGUUGCUAUAGGAUCUUUUGUUUUUGCAAUUGGAAAUAUUAUUUUUAUUUUACCUUAUUUUAUAAAUGGUUAUCAUAAACAAAUAAUUGAUAAUUCAACAAAUUAUUUCGAAAAUAUUUUUCUAUUUUUUAAUAAUAAUUUAAUUGAAAUUCAACCAUUAUGGACAUAUUAUAUGAUUAUUUUAUCAAUGAUUAUUAUGUCAAUUGGUGCAAGUCCAUUUUAUACAUUAGGAAUAACAUAUUUAACUGAUCAUCUUAAUAAAGAUGAUCAACCUAUUUAUACAACUAUGUGUUUAUUACUAUUGAAAAAAAUUAAUCUUUAA